AUGGGCGAUACAGCCGUCGAAUCCCCUGUAACAGUGGAGGACCUAGUCAAGGUUUCCCUGGACACAUCGCAGGCAAAGGUGCAUGCGGUCAGUGGCGCAUCACCGAUAAGCGAACAAAUCAACGGAGCAGCGGACACUGACGAAAAUCAGGCCGUCUUGGGUGAGGCAAAAAAGAAGAAGAAAAGGAAGAAGAAGAAGAAGAAGAAGACCGCAAGUCCGGAGACGGAAAAUGAAAAUGAAGCCCCUUUACAAGCCGCAGCCCCCUCUGACCAGACGGACCCUCCAACGAUACCUGUCUCCAGUUUCUUCCCUCAGAAGAAGUUCCCCGUCGGUGAGCUACAAGAUUACGUCGACGCAAACUCUUAUCGCACCUCAUCCGCGGAGAUGCGUGACAGAGAAAGAAUAGAAGAAGAUUUGUACGAAAGCGUGCGGGAGGCUGCUGAGGUUCACCGCCAGGUGCGCGCGUACAUGAAAGACUACAUUAAGCCUGGCGUCAAGUUAAUUGAUAUGUGCGAGCGCCUCGAAAAUGCAUCUCGCGCUCUAAUAGGAGCAAAAGACGGCGAUUUAUCGCGAGGCGUCGCUUUUCCGACAGGUUGCUCACUCAAUCAUAUCGCGGCACAUUAUACACCUAACAAAGGCGAUAAGACUGUGCUCGGUUACGAUGAUGUAAUGAAGGUCGAUUUCGGGACACAUAUCAAUGGGCGCAUCAUAGAUUGCGCGUGGACUGUCCAUUUCAACGAGAAGUUUGAUCCUUUGGUUGAGGCUGUCCGAGAAGCUACCAACGAAGGGAUUAAAACAACUGGUAUCGAUGUGAGACUGUGUGAUGUUGGAGCAGCCGUGCAGGAGGUCAUGGAAAGCCAUGAAGUUGAGCUCGAUGGCAAGGUGUACCCUGUCAAGGCCAUUCGCAAUCUUCACGGACACAGCAUCGCACCGUACCAGAUUCAUGCUGGAAAGAGCGUACCCAUUGUGCGGGGCGGUGGGCAAGUGAAGAUGGAAGAAGGAGAAUUCUAUGCAAUCGAAACCUUUGGCUCCACAGGAAAGGGCUUUGUGAUCGAAGAUAUGGAAUGCAGUCAUUACAUGAAAGACUUUGAUGCACGCAGAGUGAAUUUGCGGUCCGCCAAGGCGAGGUCGCUGCUCUCUACCAUUGAUAAGAACUUUGGAACUCUGGCGUUUUGCCGCCGCUAUCUAGACCGACUCGGAGAAGAAAAAUACCUUAUGGGAUUGAAAGCUCUCGUGGACAAUGGUAUUGUCAAUCCCUAUCCACCAUUGUGUGACCAGAAGGGAAGCUACACCGCACAGUUUGAACAUACGCUAGUCUUGAAACCAACACGCAAAGAAGUGCUGUCCCGAGGAGAGGACUACUAAAUUCGGGAAUGGCCGAAGCUAUUGCAUGAAUAGCAGCUGUUGCGCAGUACAUGUUUGUAUUAGGAUAAUCGUUAAAGCUAUGUUGUCACGUCGCGAUGAGUUU